AGAGGCUGAAUAGCACCGCAGUUUCCUCAGCGGGGCCCUGCAACUGGUGGGCCUCGGUGCGGGCCCGGGCCAUGGUGGAAGGACCAGGUUGUACUCUAAAUGGGGAGAAAAUCCGGGCGCGGGUGCGCCGGGGCCAGGCGGUGACCGACCUGCGGGGAAGCGCGCUGCAGAGCCUGGGGGUUCCCGGCUCGCCUCCCGCAGCCUCGGGGGCUGUGGUCUCCAGACAGGCUGCUGCACUGAAUGGUAAUAAAGAUUCCAGCCAGGGUUUCUUGAGACUGUUUGACGGACUCGUUUACAGUGGCGUGGAAACUCUGGGGAAGGAGCUGUUUAUGUACUUUGGACCAAAAGCUUUACGGAUUCAUUUUGGAAUGAAAGGCUUCCUUGUGAUUAACCCACUUGAAUCUAAAAGUAAAAAUGGAGUUUCUCCUGUUUUCGAAGUGCAGCUCACCACAGAUCUGAUUUGUUUCUUUGACUCAUCGGUAGAAAUCAGAAGCUCAACAGAAAGCCAACAGAGGAUAAGAAUGAUGGAAGAAUUAGAUGUAUGCUCACCUAAAUUUAGUUUCUCAAGAGCAGAAAGUGAAGUUAAAAAGCAGAAAGGACGGAUGCUCUGUGAUGUGUUAAUGGAUCAGAAAGUGUUGCCCGGGGUAGGAAACAUCAUCAAAAAUGAAGCUCUCUUUGACAGUGGUCUCCACCCAGCUGUUAAGGUUUGUCAGUUAACAGAUGAACAGACCCAUCACUUUGUGAGAAUGAUUCGUGAUUUCAGCAUUCUUUUUUACAGGUGCUGUAAAGCUGGAUCUGCUAUCUCCAAACACUAUAAGGUUUACAAGCGUCCUAAUUGUGCUCAGUGCUACAGUAGAAUAACUGUGUGUCGCUUAGGGGAGAAUAACAGAAUGACAUAUUUCUGUCCUCACUGUCAGAAAGAAGAUCCUCAACACGUUGACAUACGCACACUGCCAUUUAGAAACACUACAGUCAGUUGGACAUUUAGCAGGGGGGAUCCCCUCAUGGACUGUGUGGCUCGGAAGUCUGAAGAACAAUGGACAUGUGAGGUCUGUACACUAAUAAAUAAGCCGUCUUCUGAGGCAUGUGAUGCUUGCCUGGCUUCGAGGCCUGCUGAUUCAGUACUCAAGAAUGAAGAGAAUCCUACGGCCUUGAACUACUUAGUCAAAUACCCUUGUAAUCGUUUUGGAAAACCGAGUACAGAAGUGAAGAUCAACAGGAGAACUGCAUUUGGAACCACAACCCUUGUCUUGACUGAUUUCAGCAAUAUGUCCAGAGCUUUGGGAAGAGAAGAAAGCCAAAACCAGACACCAGCUGGGGAAUUUCCAGAAUCUCCUCCUGCCGUUUGUUUCAGUGACACACCGCCCCCCUCCAAGGAGAGAACGAACCAUAAAACUCAAUUGUCUAACAAAGUCAACCUGUCACCGACGGUCUGCUCUCGGUCUCAGUUAUUUAGUCCAGCAAAUAAAAAAUUGAAAACAACCCAGUCCUCAUCACCAGACCACAAAAGGUGCAACCCUGGGUUUUCUAUCAGCGAACUUCAAGUUCACGUGACAGAUGGUCCAAGUACAUCCAAUGCUGGCCAACCUCGCUGCCGUGGGCACGGCCGCCCCUGCAUCCUCCGAGUGGUGAGGAAGGAUGGAGAAAACAAGGGCAGGCACUUCUAUGCGUGUCCUCUACCUAGAGAAGCGCAGUGUGGAUUUUUUGAAUGGGCAGAUCUGUCCUUCCCAUUCUGCAACCAUGGCAAACGCUGCAUCAUGAGAACAGUGCUGAAGAUUGGACCUAACAACGGAAGGAACUUUUUUCUGUGCCCUCUUGGGAAGGAAAAACAGUGCAAUUUUUUCCAGUGGGCAGGAAUCAACAUUAUUCCGGGAUGCUAAUAUUAUCUCCUUGUGUAGAAUAUAUAGCAUUUAAUCUCUUCAAAAUGUGUAUAAGUGUAAAGUUAUUGCAAUAUUUGAGAACUGUUCAUUUAAGUGUACUAUCUUUCCAUUAUAUGGCUUUUUUUUUUGCUUUAAUGAAUGCCAUAUGUCUUUUAUCAAAUAUAUAAUAUAAUCCAUUUAGAAUGUAUAUUUAAUGCAUUUAGUUAUGAUAAAGUAUUUUUAGUACGUUCUUAGUCUCUUGUAACUUCUUCAGGGAAGCAGUGAAUUUCUUUUUGUGGGGGGAGAGGUAUGCAGUACAAUAAAAUAAUGUAUUCUGUCUGUAAUGAGUAAUUUCUUAGAUAUCACCACUAUUCAUAAUAUAUGAUUAAAGAAACUUCUUGUUUUUUAAAUGAAA